CGGCCACCUUAUCUCAGGGCCGGCCCAGAGCACCAUUAUCCUCUUUUUUGAGCCAUCCCUCCCUCCCAUACCAACCCAUAUCUAUCUAUCUAUCUUCAUAUCUACCACUACCACCACCACCACAAAAUUCUUUUGCCUCUUUUGUCUGGUUAGUUAGUUAGUAGUUACCUUCUUUUCACUCCAUGAACAAAGAAAUGCUUCACUCCCUGCUCAUCAAACCAACACUCUCCUCCUCACUCUCUCCUCCGCCGCUGCCGCUGCCGCUCCUCCUUCGGUUCCGCCCGUCCCACCGCCAGAACCUCCGCUACCUGAAAACUCUCGGAAUCAUCAACCCCCAAACCAGAACCAGAACUCCCUCCCCAGAAUUCCUAGCCCAAAUCCUCUCCACCGUCCAUUUCUUCAGAUCCAGGGGCUUCUCCGAUUCCGACUUCCCUCGACUCGCCUUUCUCUGCCCCGACCUCUUCUCCACCACCACCACCUUCUCCCACGCUCAGCUCCAACAAAUCUUCGAUUUCUUCGCCACCGAUUUAGCCGCCUCCGCCCAAGAAUCACGCCGACUCAUCCUCUGCUGUCCCAAAAUUCUACUUUCCAAUGUCGAAUUUUGCCUGAGACCCACGCUCAUCUAUCUUCGACAGUUAGGGCUUCAGAAGCGCAAUUUGAAUGCGCAUCUUCUCAACACUCGGAUCGACAAGCUUGAAGAGAAGAUUAGGUUUCUGAGGGGGGUAGGGUUUUCAGAGGACGAAUCGGCUAGGGUUUGUGCGCGAUUUCCGGCAGUGUUUGGGUACAGUGUGGAGAAGAAUCUGAGGGGAAAGUAUGAGUAUUUGGUGAGGGAGAUGAAGAGGAAUGGUGUUGAAGAAGUGAAUGGGUUUCCUCAGUACUUUGCCUUUAGUUUGGAGAAGCGGAUUGUGCCCAGGCAUUUGCAUCUCAAGCAGAGGGGUGUUGAGGUUCCAUUGAAGACAAUGUUGAUGUGGAGUGAUCACAGAUUUUAUGCUAAAUGGAACUGAGACUCCUAUUCCUAUUCAAUUUCUUUUUCUUUUCUUUUUUAGUGAGGAUGAAAAGAAAAGAAAAGAAUAUUCAAUUCUUUAUUACUUGUAUAUUUGUAUGCUAGCCUAAUAUGUAGUUGAGUACUUCCAUUCCAUCACAAAUAUUUCUGCUGUUCUUCCUAGAAAAAUAUAUAUAUCUCUUUCUGUUUUCUUGUUGAUCGUAAUAUAUGUGUGUAUAUAUAUAUAUAAUUCAAAUUGUUUAUUGAAUUUUGGCUUGAUGCGCAUGCGCUGCCUUGAUACAUCAACUGUUUUUGCUUGGUUGGAUUUCUUAAGACUUUUUAGAUUUUUAAUUUACUAAUGAAGUGGGGGAAAAAAAAGUAAAAAAUCAAAAUCAAUUUAUAUUUUAUUCA